CUUCGUAAAUACAUUUUCUACUUUGUGGCUAGGUUAGGUGUUGUGUUCCUGAUAAAUGGUUGCAUAGUUGGUCCAUUGUGCUGGCUUAAAUAGGUGAUAACUCGGAACAAACGGAAUAAACGGUGUAUUGAACAUCCGUGGAGAAAGAUAACAUUUUGUAACAAGUUCAAUUAGCGAGUUAAAUAAAGUGAAGUGAAAUUACGUGUACCGCGCGACAGAAAACGGAAGCAGUAAAAAGUGAAACUAUUAGCUGUGACGACUAGCAAUCAGCAAAAGUAUAAGAGAAAAGGAGCUCGCAUAAAAGUAAAAGAAAUAAAAAGUUAAGGAAGUUUUCGCAGUCAAAAUAUAAAUUGAAAAAAAAAAACUGUGAAAAGUGUUAAGGAGAUUUUUACAAUCAGUUAAGACAAUAAUACAAUAUCGUUGUUUGCUGAUCGGUCGGUCGGUUUUUAACCAAAAUUUAACUUUUAAUUAUAUAAUUGAUUUUUUUAUAUUUUCAUUACAAACAAUUGAAGCAAUAGUUUUUCACAAGGAUUAAUUGCUUACAAAAUUACUUUAAUAUUCGGUGACUGAAAUCGCACAUUCUACACAUUCAAUAAGACAAUCCACGGUACUUGAUAAACUAUUAACUACUAAACUAAAGGAACCUCACAGCACCUGCGGCAUUUUAAAGUGAAUUGGAACAAAAGACCUUCGUUGACUGAAAAUAGCAACUGCGAAAUCAAAGUAUAAAUAAACAUUAGGAAAAUAUUAGCGAAAAGUGUGGCACAACGUCAGCUGCGUGUGAAAACAAUUUGCAAAUAAGUUGACACUUGAAAUUGCACGCCAACCCCCAACACAGUCACUCCGUACACACCUCGCCCAAUACACACAUAUAAGCACGUGUGUAACGUUGCAACAGCUGCUGCACACUGAUCCAUUAGCGAGGCAACGUAUGUGAUUGACUGACAACUACAACUAAAAAAUAUUUAUUCAUCAAUUGCGAUAAUUUGUUGUUGGUGGCUCCAAACGAUUUCCUACCACGCCUCCAGCUGUGCUACAUACUCGCAUUUACCUGGCGCUUUACUUUUGUUUGUGCAAUUUGUUGUUAUUGCUUUUGCUAUUGUUAGCGCCAAAUAUAAUACGCAUUGUUGCAGCAUUAUUGUGAUUGCAAGUUACGACGGCAGCAACAACAACAACGCGCCUAAACUUCAGGAAUUUCUAUACAGACUACACAUUUCGCACAUCGCCGCCAAAAUUGUACUUAAACCGGAGAUUCGUCGCCAAGAUGAUAGGACGUCUAUUUCGUGCGCACGGUGAAUUUUGUGCUUCCCAUCCGUGGGAGGUUAUUGUGGCGCUGCUCACGCUGACAGCAUGCAUGUUGACAGUUGACAAGCAAGCCGGUGGUGGUGGUGGUGGUGGUGGUAGCGUCGGCGCCGGCGUCGCCUCAAUGACCGCAUCAGCGUCGGCAACAUCCAGCCGUCAUCGUCCCUGUCACGGUUGGAGUCAGUCGUGUGACGGUCUGGAAGCCGAGUACAAUGCCGCCGAUGUCAUACUGAUGACGAUUGUACGCUGCACGGCAGUGCUCUAUUGUUACUACCAGUUUUGCAGUCUACAUAAGCUCGGCUCCAAAUACAUUCUAGGAAUCGCUGGACUAUUUACGAUCUUCUCGAGUUUUAUCUUUACGACGACAAUAAUCAAGUUCCUUGGCAGUGAUAUGUCUGAUUUAAAAGAUGCACUCUUCUUUAUGCUCCUGGUUAUUGAUCUCACUAAUUCGGGCACACUCGCGCAAUUGGCGCUCUUCGGCACCAAUCAGGCUGAAGUGACGAACAACAUAGCGCGUGGCUUAGAAUUGUUGGGACCGGCAAUAACCUUAGACACGAUUGUGGAGACGCUUGUAAUUGGUGUGGGUACGCUGUCGGGCGUGCAGCGGCUCGAGGUGCUGUGCACAUUCGCCGUUAUGUCGGUGAUAGUGAAUUAUGUAGUCUUCAUGACCUUCUAUCCGGCUUGUUUGUCGCUGAUACUCGACUUGUCACGCAACGGUAUGGACAUGUCAAUAGUGCGCGCUAAGGCCAAAGACUCCAUAUUGCUGAAGGCACUGAACGACGAGGAGCAGAAGACGAAUCCGGUAGUGCAACGGGUGAAAAUCAUAAUGACCACCGGUCUGAUGAUUGUGCACAUCUACAGUCGCAUUGUCUUCUCGAACAGUGAAUACGAGACGGUGGACAAGAAAUUGACGCCACAAUUGAAUCUGAAUGCGAACAGCAGUCGUACGGAGUCCGGUGAAUUUACCGAUAUGAUCAUCAAAUGGCUUACCAUGAGCGCCGACCAGAUUGUCAUUCUUAUCCUACUCAUUGCUUUGGUUGUGAAGUUCAUAUUCUUCGAACAUCGCAACGAGUUGCGUGACCAACUACGCCAGUCCACAGUUGCGUUUGCGGCGAAAACUUCUCAAACCCAAGCACUGAACGAAGUCGACGAAGCCGCUUUAGUUUCAACGACGCAUGACACUGUCGACGACGCGAGUCAAACCGAAAUUGUUGGUUCGAUUCCUGAGCUCGUUGUGACCCCUCCCGGCGAUAUCGUACGCAGCCAUCGCACACCACUUUUCACCAUCGAAGAGCAGAAUUUCGCAAAUGCAUCCACACAAACCGACAGCAUAACCGAUGUCAGCCAAUUACUGCCACUGCAGAAAUGUCAGGUCGAACCACGUCCAGUACGUACGCUGCAGGAAUGCCUGGAAAUUCUGCAAUCCACUGAAGAGGGUUGCUCCGCUGCCAAUCUCACCGAUGAAGAGAUCGCUUUAGUCGUUAAUACCGCCAGUCAAUACUUCCCCUUACACAACAUCGAAUCCAUACUGGAUGACCCCGUGCGCGGUGUGAACUUACGCAGGAAAAUCAUUUUCGAGCGCGCCAAAGUGCCAGCAGAGCGCAUGGACUGUCUUCCCUAUUUGCAUUUCGAUUACCGCAAAGUGAUGAAUGCCUGUUGUGAAAAUGUCAUCGGCUACGUGCCCAUACCGGUGGGCUAUGCAGGUCCGCUGCUGUUGGAUGGCAAUAGAUAUUUUGUGCCCAUGGCAACCACCGAAGGCGCACUGGUCGCCUCCACCAAUCGCGGUUGUAAGGCGCUCUCGGUACGCGGUGUCAUUUCGCACGUGGAGGAUGUGGGCAUGACUCGUGCGCCCUGUGUGCGUUUCGGCAGCAUUUCACGUGCUGUGGAAGCGAAAAAUUGGAUCUACAAUGAAACGAACUACAAGAAGAUCAAGACUGAGUUCGACUCAACAUCGCGUUUCGGCCGCUUGAAGGAAUGCUUGAUUGCGAUCGAUGGCCCACAGCUAUAUAUACGCUUUGUGGCGCUGACGGGUGAUGCGAUGGGCAUGAAUAUGGUGUCCAAGGGUGCUGAGAUGGCGCUGAGAUGUAUCAAAAAGGAGUUCCCCGACAUGCAAAUCAUAUCGCUGAGUGGCAAUUUCUGUUGCGACAAGAAACCGGCAGCAAUCAACUGGAUCAAGGGACGCGGCAAAUGUGUGGUAACCGAAUGCAUAGUACCGGCACAAACACUGCGCACCAUACUGAAAACGGACGCCAAAACCUUGGUGGAGUGCAAUAAGUUGAAGAACAUGUCCGGCAGCGCUAUGGCGGGCAGUAUAGGUGGCAACAACGCACACGCCGCUAACAUGGUGACGGCCGUUUUCCUCGCCACCGGCCAAGACCCCGCACAGAAUGUGACAUCCAGCAACUGCUCCACCGGCAUGGAGUGCUGGGGCCCGAACAAUGACGACUUAUACAUGACUUGCACAAUGCCCUCAUUGGAGGUGGGCACCGUUGGCGGUGGCACUGGGCUUCCCGGUCAGGGCGCAUGUCUAGAGAUGCUGGGCGUGCGAGGCGCCAAUCACGCGCAUCCCGGCGAAAACGCCAAGAAACUAGCACAAAUCGUGUGCGCCACAGUGAUGGCGGGCGAACUAAGUCUGAUGGCGGCGCUGGUCAAUAGUGACCUAGUUAAGAGUCACAUGCGUCACAAUAGGUCUUCCGUGGCUAUCGCAGCCGGCAGCAAAGGAAGCGCGCUAAAUGUAACGGUUUCCAGUUGCAGCAGCAUCAGCUAAGGCACCGCGCAUAAAUCCCACUUGUUAACCCAACAGUUGUUAUUUAAAUCACACAUUAUUCUGGUGCAGACAACAGUGGUACGCACAAAACUCGUUGAAAGCCACAAAUGCCGGCAGCGCCGACUGUGACCAACUGUGAAGUGCGUUUGCGAACUGCGUUUGUGCAACAAUAACAAAAAGAUUCUUCACUAUCGCUUGUAUAAUGUUGUUGUAACUACGGAACAACGGAACUACAUAUAUACAUUAUCUUAUCUUUAACUUUCUAAAGCAUUUACAACC